UACUAUUUAACCAUUGAAUGAGUAACUACGUAUGUAGUUUUUGUGACGAUAGUAAUUUUAAUAUUGUCACCGAUGAAGUCUUUUCUAGGGCAGCCAUAUAUUUUACUUGCUUGCUAACUAGCUCGACAUUCUUAUGUUAUGAUGAGUAUAUGAGAAUUCUUACUGAGAAAUGCAAAAUAUAACGACCGGCUUUUAAAUUUGUCAAUGUAAAUUAACUCAUCAAAUAAAAUGGUCAGUUGCGUCAAAAUGGUUUAUAAUUAUUUAGCUUGGUAGCCAUUUCAGCUCUUUUUAGCAAGCCGAGAACUUCAGUCAGUCCAAUUUGAGAUUUAAAACUGAUUCAAAGGAUACGCUGUUUAAACUGGACAUAGACCUACGACUACAGUCAUGGCACCACGGAAAAGAACCACUAACAAAGGUCGUAAAAACGACCCCAAAACUGCGAAACUGGAAGCCUUCCUCAACGAUUUUGACCUUGAAGUAAAGGCUAUCGUGGAGAGACUCAAGGAGAAGACCAACAGCUUUAUGAAAGAUGUAGACAACUUUUACAGCGUGUCUCUGAUCAAGCUGCCACUGGCUGUGCGGCAGAUGAACUGGAUUGCGUUCUGUGGUUCUGAGGCACAGAAGACACCAGUAGAGGAUGCUAAGAAGGAGGAGGUCGCCACUCAGGUGGAUACUGUCCUGAAUGAAGUUCACACCAUCCCAGCAAAGCCUGCCAGGAAAGCGGUACGGAAGCCAGGUGGCUCCAGAGCUCACUUGGAGGAUGUGGAGAACAUUACCCUUGACCAGUCCACCUUAAAGAAGGGAAAGUCUACGAGAAAGGCCCCCUCAACUUCCAAGAGAGCCAAAGCCCUCUCGGUCAGCAAGCAGAAUAACUCUAUUAGAAAGUCCAGCAGGAGGCCGCUAGUGACGCCGGCUCGCAGCAUUCUGGAAUGUUCUCUGAUUGGACCCACCCCAUCUAUCACCCCACGCUUUGACUCCAGACUUCCUAAAACUCCAGGGGUGAGGCUUCCCCGGCACAAGGAGAAGGUCUACAGCAUCUCAGUCAACGGCUCCCCUCUUGCCGGUGGCAAUAAUGACAUCAUUAUCAACGUUCCCACUGGGAAUGGAGAGAGCCUUCAGCUGUUGGCCAGUGAGAUGGAUACUAUGGACCUGAGUCAGCUGGAUGAAGCAGCUGUGAAGAGCAUCAGAUUGUUACAGAACCGCCUUACAUCUCUGUGUGGAACGGCGAAGUGACACGCCUGGUCCCAGUGGCCCCCAUGCUCUUUGUACAGAUGGACAGAUUGAUGGUUUUCAGCCAUUCCGUGGCCCAUUCUCCACCAAAUUCAGCAAAUUAGCUCUUUGUCAACUCUUUGAAAAAAGUUUUGUUAGUGGUGCAAGGAAGGAAGUAUUUGCAAUGGCCGGGCUCUCUUACAGGUAUGGUUGAGGACCACUGAUAUAUUUUAAAUGUUGAGCUUGAAAUAAUUUACCCAUUUAACUCAUUUAUUUGACUGUACUAGCCUGGUGCUGAAACUUCUCAUUCUGGAGUAAGAUAUGCAUUAAAGUUUGGCUCAGGUUGA